UACUAGGCCUCAGUCGUCGCCCAGUUCUCGCAGCCUUUCAACGCGAUCACCCGCCAAUUCGAUAAUCCAACUCGUCCUUUACAAUUGCGAAGACAUGUCGACGACAGCGCUUGGGGUCAGCGCCCUCUUCAUGGUGGGCUGCUGUGCUCUGGCCCAAAUCGCUCGGGUGAUCUGCCGGCGUCUGGUGACCCGUGAGGGUUUGGUUCCCGUCCUGAUCAACGAGGCCAUCGCAGCCGCCGAGCUGUGUGCCUGCUGCUUCGAGCUUAUUAUUGUGGCCGAUAACUUCGGAGUGUCCAUGUACGCCGUCUGCCUGUUCCUGCUGACCAUCUGGUGGGGCCGCGUGUGGGGCGACGCCUCCGCCUGCCCCUACACACACAUGGAGGACGUGGUGGAGGGUCGCACCAGCUUCAAGGAGAUGGCUCUGCGCAGCUGGGCCGAGCUGAUGGGCGGCUGCUGUGUGUACCGCGUGGUGCAGGUCUUCUGGUGGCUGGAGCUGGCCGAGACCCAUCGUGGACGGGCGUUCGAGGCCUGCAACGCCGACCUACAGGUCAGCCCAUACUUGGGGGCGGUCAUCGAGGGCGUGGCCACGCUGCUGUGCCGCCUGGCCUCGAAGGCGAUCAGCGAGAAGGAGCCACGGUUCGGGAGCUACAUCGACUCCUUCAUCGGCACCAGCCUGGUCGUGGCAGCUUUCAAUUUCUCCGGCGGCUACUUCAAUCCCGUCCUGGCCACCGCCCUCAAGUGGGGCUGUCGCGGCCACACCCACAUGGAGCACAUCAUCGUCUACUGGAUCGGCGCUUGUGCUGGCGCCGUGCUCUCCAUUCCGGUCUUCAAGGUGCCCGCGGUGCGACGCCUUCUGCUCGGCGAGGAGGCGGGCUCCAAGUCGAAGUCGAAGCAGGAGUAAGCCCGAAAGCCCAUGUAUUUCAAGUAUCCGCCGAUUUCUAGCGGUAAGGUUUCAGCCUCUCAGUCCUUAGAGGACGAUAUGAAAUGCUAUUGUUUUGGUUUGGUUUCAGCUUCUAUUUAGUAAGUAGAAUUAACUUGUUAAUGAUUUGCGGAAAGCAAUAAAAUAUAUACAAAAAGACA